GCAAUGCCGGCAUGGCAGUCGGUGGAAACUGAAGGGUCGGUGGAUGGUUUCCUCUCCCAACGGCAGCCCUCUGACAAGCCAUUGCCGUCGCGGUACCGUGAUGGUAGCGAAGUAUCCAGGGCAAGAAUCGACCCAGAAGUCCAGAUGACAAACCGUCGUGGCUGUCAUCGGGAAGAGUUGCGCCAUUGCACUGGGCGCGAGUGAUGGAGUGAGAUUGUCUCAGAUUGGAGAGGGCCUGCAGGCAACCUGGUUUCAGUCGAGAUGCAGCAAUCAGGUCAGCCACGGCGGACUUCGCUUGCGCGAUGAGGCAGUUGAGGUUCAAACAGAGGGUUUGCGAACAGUUCCUCGUUCAUUGAUUGAUGGCAAUAAUCGAGAAUUGA